CGGGAGCGUGCAAAGCCAUGGCCAGUACCAUGGGAGCCGGGCGAGCGCUGGGGCUGCUGUUGCAGGUUGUGCUGCUGACCAUGCCUGGAGCCCAAGCGAGCUGUGGGGAGAGUGAGUAUAGCCACGAAGAUCUCUGUUGUGUAUUGUGUGAAGCAGGUACUUUUGUUGCUGAUCACUGCAGUGCUUCCCAUUUGAGAGGAAAAUGUGACCCUUGCAAGGAAGGAAAAGGCUUUACUGCCCAUGCAAAUGGCUUGGAGGGAUGCGUGCCUUGCAGACAGUGCAAAGAAGAUCAGAUAACCCUGAGUCCCUGUACUCGGACACGGGAUGCUGAAUGCCAGUGCAAACAAGGGUAUUCGUGUGCUGAUGAAGCCUGUGAAAUAUGUGAGAGAAACAGUCCAAGGCAUCCGGGCGGCAAAGAAAUCUUGCAGAAUUCCACUGAUGCUAUGGACACAGGCGUACCCAAUCAAGGGAGGAGCCCUCUUGUUUGGAUUUUUGUGGCUCUGUCUGUCUUGUUUUUGCUGAUUGUUCUUCUUGCUGUUCUUAAAAAGCUGAAGCGUGAUAAAGCUGCCUUAACUGAUAAAGUUGCAGAGGGGGAUCUGGUCCGUAAGUGGCUCAAAUAUGUGACACAACCUGGUUUUUUUGUUGGGUUGUGUUCCCCCUCACGCCCUGGCCAGAUUUGCAGCACUUCAUCUGUUUGUAGAAGCUGAUGAAGAAAUGUGAAAAAAACCCUGGUCAAAAUGCUGUGCCAUAGGAAUAGGCAAAUGGAACAUCUCUUUAAUUUGAAUAAAGUGGUUGUAGAAUGAUGCAGUUA